CGGGGGGCCGUGCGGCGUGGCGCGGCGCCGACUUCCGGUGCGCGGAGCGGCGGCGGCAGCGGCGGCGGCGGUGGGGACGGCCCAGCACGAUGCGGUUGGCGCUCCUGCUCUGCCUGGCCGUCGGGGCGCUCUGCGGCUCUGCCAAGCCCACGGAGCGCAAGGAGCGCGUGGUGCGCGAGGCGCCGCUCAGCGCCCGCGAGCACGACGACGCCCAGAGCUUCGACUACGACCACGACGCCUUCCUGGGCGCCGACGAGGCCAAGAGCUUCGACCAGCUCAGCCCCGAGGAGAGCAAGGAGCGCCUGGGGAAGAUCGUAGGGAAGAUAGAUGAGGAUGGGGACGGGUUUGUGACGGUGGAGGAGCUGAAGGCUUGGAUCAAGUUUGCCCAGAAGCGCUGGAUUUACGAGGACGUGGAGCGCCAGUGGAAGGGCCACGACCUCAAUGAGGACGGGCUGGUUUCCUGGGAGGAGUACAAGAAUGCCACCUAUGGAUACAUCCUGGAUGACCCCGACCCUGACGACGGCUUCAACUACAAGCAGAUGAUGGUGCGGGACGAGCGGCGCUUCAAGAAGGCCGACAAGGACGGGGACCUGGCGGCCACCAAGGAGGAGUUCACGGCCUUCCUGCACCCCGAGGAGUACGACUACAUGAAGGACAUCGUGGUGCAGGAAACCAUGGAGGACAUUGACAAGAACGGCGAUGGCUUCAUUGACCUGGAGGAGUACAUUGGUGACAUGUACAGCCAGGACGGCGACGCCGACGAGCCCGAGUGGGUGAAGACGGAGCGGGAGCAGUUUGUGGAAUUCCGGGACAAGAACCGGGACGGGAAGAUGGACAAGGAGGAGACCAAGGACUGGAUCCUGCCCUCGGACUACGACCACGCCGAGGCCGAGGCGCGGCACCUCGUCUAUGAGUCCGACCAGGACAAGGACGGGAAGCUGACGCGGGAGGAGAUCGUGGACAAGUCAGACCUGUUCGUGGGCAGCCAGGCCACGGACUUCGGGGAGGCGCUGGUGCGGCACGACGAGUUCUAGGGGCUAGUUCCAGCCUCCAUGGCUAGCUCUAGCCUUGCUGGCUAGCUCCAGCCUCCAUGGCUAGCUCUAGCCUCCAUGGCUAGUUCCAGCCUCCAUGGCUAGUUCCAGCCUCCUUGGCUAGUUCCAGCCUCCUAGCUAGCUCUAGCCUCCUUGGCUAGUUCCAGCCUUGCUGGCUAGCUCUAGCCUCCAUGGCUAGUUGUAGCCUCCAUGGCUAGUUCCAGCCUCCAUGGCUAGUUCCAGCCUCCUUGGCUAGUUCCAGCCUCCAUGGCUAGCUCUAGCCUCCUUGGCUAGUUCCAGCCUCCAUGGCUAGUUCCAGCCCCCUGGGCUAGUUCCAGCCUCCUUGGCUAGUGGGAGAAGCCCCACGGUGGCUCCAGGGCCGGGGCUCAGGAUAGCCAAACUCCCCCGGCACCUGGGGCUCGUCUCAUUGUGGGUUUUCCCCGGAUUUUAAUGACUUUUGGUUAUUUUUGUAUUGUUUGGUUUUACCACGUGUGGAAACAGCUCCCCUGGCGCAGGGGCAGCCCCGGGGGGGAUUGGGAAAUUCAGAGGGGCUGGGAUUGGAAUUGCAGUUGGAUUAAAAAUUGGAAUUGGAAUAAAAGUUGGAAUUGGAAUUGGAAUUGGAAUUGGAGUUGGAAUUGGAGUUGGAAUUGGACUGAAAUUUGGAUUUAAAAGUUGAAUUGGAAUUAAACGUUGAAAUCAAAAUUGGAAAUUGAAACAGAAACGGAAUUGGAACCAAAGAAGUGAAAUUGAAUUAAAUGGAAACACUGAUGUGAAAUUGGAGUAAAAAGUGAAGGUUGAAAUGAAAAUCCAAACCCAAGGAAACCCCAAAAACCGCCAGAGCAGCAGCAGGGCCCGGGGGUGACCUGGGGUGCCCCAGGGAGGUUGGAGCCCCCUCCCUGUUGCUGCCCUGUGGGAUCUGGGCAAGACCCUCCCCCAGCCCCCUCCAAGUGCCUUGAAGCCCCCAGACCCCGGGUGAGGCCCCCCUGUCCCACCCCGCUCUGGGGCAGCUCCCAGGGAUUCUCUCCUCCGCUGUUUGUCCCCCUGCAGCUGCUGGAGCUGUUUGGGAUGGGCCCAGCCAUCUCCAGAUUCACAGGUUUCCCUCAAAUCCUUCCCCAAGGGUUCCCAAGGGCUGACCAGAUCCUCUCAUCUCCUCCUGCUGCUCCUUUUCCUCCCCUCCCUAAAUCCAUGGUGAGUGGCUCGGGAGUCUGGUCCUGUGCAGGGCUUGGGGUGCUGGGGGUGGUUUUGGACACCAGGGAUGGUUUGGGGCACGGAGGUGAUUUUUGGAACCCUGGGAAAGCCUCUGGAGGAGCCACUCAGCCCCACAGCAGCCCCUCUCCCAACACCCCCGAGGAUCUGGGGCCCUGGGACAAUUCCUGCCCUGGAAUUUUCGCCUCCUCUGGGUUGGUUCCUCUGUUUUCUCCUCGGGCUGAUUGGAGGGAUCUGGAUGUUGGAACUCAAUAAACCUGUUCAGCCCCCAUGGGCCGAGGGGCACGGA